ACAUCUUCUUCUGAACUGUUGGCCUGGACUCGUCGAGGAACCCAGAACUCAGAGUGGAUUAACGCACAAGUAACCGUCAACAUGGAAAUACAAAAAGGGUGAUGUUCAGAGGACAAAGAAACACCAACAGUCAAGGAUUCAUUGCCAUUGAUGACAUUACAGUGAGGGAGGGGGUCUGCAGUAAUCAGAAUUUAUGCGGCUUUGAUUCAAAUUGGUGUGACUUUGAGAACAAAGUCAGUCUCAAGGGUAAAUGGGUUCGCAAAAGAGGGACAACAAAUCAUGUGGAUCACACCUAUGGAACUGAAAAUGGUUUCUACGUGACUGUGAUGACAUCCAACUCUACACAGUCUGAAGAAGCUCAGCUGCUCACACCUGAGUUUCCUUCAGCUCCAGAAAAAUGUGUUCGCUUCUGGUACGAGAUACCUGCAGGGUCUGAUAACAUCCUUAGCGUGCAUUUGAUGCGCAGCGGAGAGCUGGAGGAUGCACUUUGGCAACGAUCCGGAGCGCCCUCUGUAGGCUGGGAGAUGGCAGAGGUCACUGUGUCCUCCCCUGCAAAAUUCCGUGUGGUGUUUAAGGCAGAUCAUACGCCAGGCACAAUCGCUACAGUGAAGUUAGAUGAUGUUUCUGUGAGGGACGGGGCCUGCAGUCCUCCAGGAAGCUGCGACUUUGAGUCCGGACAGUGCACCUGGGUCAACAUCCCCAAAGACGAUGGACAUGACUGGGUUAUGGCACGUGGAGGCUCCCAGGGUCCGCCGGCAGACCACACCACUCAGACCCCACAGGGUCAGUUCUUGUUGAGCUCUUCACUGCACCAAAGCCACAGCAGUGUAUCGCAGGUUUUGUCAGAGUGGAUCCAACCUAGAGACAGCGCCUCCUGUCUCACCUUAUGGUACCAUAUGGACAGCAGUGCCUCGGGGACGUUGAAGGUGUUCAAACGUUCAGGGCCAUCGGAGGAGAAACUGAUGUUCAACAGUAACAGCAGCGGACACGGCUGGACCAAGUUCUUUCAAUCUGUAGAAAGGAACAAACCAUUCCAGCUGCUGAUCGAAGCAGAGACUAACAGAGGAUUUAUCGCCAUCGAUGACAUCACUGUCACACCAGGCCUUUGUCAAGUGAAUGAAACAGGUUUGGGAUUUGUGGGUUGCUCGUUUGAAAACGGCACAUGUGGCUGGGAGGACAUCAGUGCAGGCCAGUGUCAGUGGAUGAGAAGAAGGAAUGCUACUGGGAACACUGGACCCUCUGUGGACAACACAGUGGGGACUGAACUGGGUUGGUACAUGGCCGUGGAGUCGGACCGUGGGUCUGAAAUGACCCCUGCUGCUGUGCAGAGUGCCACCAUGGAACAGGCCAGUGCCACCUGCACACUACGCUUCUACUACAACAUGUUUGGGGAGGAUAUGGAGGAGCUGAAGGUACUGUUGAAGGACGGCUCCAGGACCACCGCACUGUGGUGGAUGUCUGGUAACCAUGCAGAUGUGUGGCAGUACGGUGAGGUAACGGUUGGUCGAAUCCCGGCGGACUUCACUAUCCUGUUUGAAGCCUCGAGGACCUUCAACAGGCCUGGACACACGGCCAUUGAUGACAUAGAUUUCACCAACUGCUCCCUGCCUGAGCCCCAGCCCUCGUGUCCAGAGAACAUGUUUACGUGCAACAACAGUGUGUGUGUCGAGCUCAACCAAGUGUGUGACUUCAGCGAUGACUGUGGGGACCGGUCUGACGAGAACAACUGUGAGCAACAAGGUGUUGAGGAGCGCUGCAGCUUUGAACAAGGCCUGUGUUUCUGGGAGCAAAGUGACGUGGACACGGCUGGAGCUGAGUGGACGCAUCACAAAGGACAGGAAGCCUGGCCCAUGCACGGGCCCCCCAGAGAUCACACCCAAAACUCUGAUGCAGGUUACUAUGUCAUGCCUGCCACUGAGCUGACUGAUAAGGGUCAGACGUCAGAGAUUCUCUCCACAACUUUACGACCCAGCUCUAACUGCACUGUGAGAUUCUUCUUCUACAGCCUGGACGACGCUGCAGGCAGACUGACAGCCCAGUACCGCACACUUCGGUCUGGGAGUGACGACACUGUGUUGUGGCUCAGAGAGAACUCCCAGAGCUACAGCUGGCAGAGAGCAGGGGUCACGUUCUCCUCUUUGGUUAUCAGCAAGCUUGUCUUCAGAUAUGAGCGAGGUGAUGGGAUCAGGGGGAUGGUUGCUCUGGAUGACAUCUCUUUCUCGAGGGAGUGUGAAUUUGACCCAGACAACAACAAACUGCCUGAAACAUCUGUCCCACCUACACCCUCUAACACACCGACACCACCAACCUCCCCCUCAACUGCACCAACGCUCCCCUGUCCGGAUAAUGAGUUUUUCUGUUGGCGGUCAGAUGUGUGUAUCCUGGCUACUUUAAAGUGUGAUUAUCAUGCAGACUGCCCGCAGGGGGAGGACGAGGAUGGCUGUGGUGGGUGCACAUUUGAGAGCGACCAAUGCCAAUGGACUGACACCAGUGAAGGACAGAUUUUGUGGCACAGACAGAAAGCCAGUAACAACACUGAGCCACCAACUGAUCACACUACAGACACAGGCUACUACAUGAGUGUGAAUUUAAGUCAGGGAUCCACACGGACGGAAGCCCGACUCCAGAGUCCCCCACUCCCCUCUUCAUCCCCGUUCUGCCAGAUUCUGUUUCACUUCCACAUCCACGCAGAGAGUGCUGGGUCACUCAGAGUGCUUAUGCAGCAAGCUGAGGGGAGUGAAGCAAUGCUAUGGUCACGCAGUCACAAUACCGUUUCCCAUUGGACCCCAGAGCAUCUCCCUGUAGGCCUGCACCCCCAGACUUAUAAGGUUUGGUUCAGUAGCAUGAAUACAGUGACUCAGACGGAUACUGGAGAUCACGUUGUGGCUGUGGAUGAUAUCUCUUUUCUAAACUGUGAAACAUCCUACCAACCACCAGCCCUGUCGGCCUGUGGCUGCUCUUUCGAAGAUGGUCUGUGUGUCUGGGUUCAGGGUGCUGAGGAUGAGUUGGACUGGCUCAGCAGGACGGGUCCCACUGAAACCCCCAACACCGGGCCCGCAGGAGACCACACUACCAGCACAGGGAAAUACCUUUACAUCCAGAGCUCAGCACCAAGUGUGAAGGGGAAUAAGGCCCUACUGAAGUCUCUGCUGCUGCCGCCUGCUGGCGAUAAAGGAUACUGUUUCACAUUUUGGUACCACAUGUUCGGAGCUACUGUGGGCUCCUUGAAGGUGCUCCUACAAACAGCUGAUCCCUUGAAGAGAACAUUGGUGUGGCAAAAAUCAGGAGAUCAGGGGGACGAGUGGCAGCUGGUGAGGAGUCAUGUGACCGAGCAGGAAGUCCACCAAGUGAUUCUCGAGGCUACGGUGGGGGGAGAGGCGGGAGACAUAGCCAUCGAUGACAUUUCCCUCAUCAGUGGACCAUGUCCUGCCUCUGAUGUGUGUGACUUUGAGGAGGGCAGCUGUGGCUGGCAGCAGGAGAGCGACGAUGACUUUGACUGGGUCAAACAGACGGGCUCCACACACAACCCCAACACCGGGCCGGACAGCGACCACACCACCAACUCACCCAGCGGACAUUAUUACUUCCUGUCCUCCUCUGAUGGCGACAUCAAGGGACAGACUGCCAAAAUGUCUUCACCUCUGUACCCUGCAGGUAAAUGGGUCUGUGUGCAGCUGUGGUACCACAUGUACGGCAGAGGAGUGGGCGAGCUGAAUGUUUACCAGCAGAGCGAAGACGGGAAGCAAGCUCUGAUUUUCUCUCAGACAGGAGACCAGGGCCGGAAGUGGUGGUUGGCUCAGGCAUCACUGCUGCCCCGGGUGCAGCCUUUUAGGAUCGCGGUAGAAGGUGUGAAGGCCGGCCCAACGCAGGAGGGAGACAUGGCCUUCGAUGAUGUACAUCUGACGGAUGCUCAGUGUCCUCCUCCGGGACAUUGUGACUUUGAAAUCAACACGUGCAGCUGGAGCAACCUGGGAGGAGACGUCGACCAGGGGGACUGGCUCCGAGGCAAAGGAGCCUCCGCAAAACCCAACACCGGACCCAGUGUGGACCACACCACCAACUCAACUCAUGGUUUUUAUCUGUAUGUGGAUAACACAGUCGGCGAGUGGGGGGACAAUUCCUUCCUGAUCAGCGACGUCUUCCAGCCAUCCAAUAGAGGGCACUGUCUCAAAUUCUGGUACCACAUGUAUGGCAGCCACAUUGGGACUCUCAGAGUUUACAUAAAUGACAGAGAAAUGCAUUCAGGUGGCAACGAAGAAGGGAUGCUGAAGUGGAUUGAGACAGGAGACAAGGGAGACAGGUGGAGGGAGGCCAGUGUGACUGUGAAACAUAAAGAGGCAUUCUGGUUUGUAUUUGUGUAUCAGCGGGGGAUGAAUCCAGUAGGGGACGUUGCUCUUGAUGACAUCACCGUCCUCCCUGGCGGCUGCUACUCGGGGCCUCCCAUUGGCCCUCCUGAUGAUAAUAAUGACAUGAUGUCCGCAGGUCUGGCUGUCGGUCUGACUCUGCUGGCUGGAGUCCUCAUCUCCAUCUUCCUCGUAAUGUUGAACAAGAACAGGAAGUUUAGCACAAUGAAUCAGCCGAUGAUUAUGAAUGACGAAGAAACGGACCAAAACGCUGGGUUUGAUCUCUUAGACUGCAAAAUACAAGGCACAGAACAUGAAUCUCAAUCAGACUUUUCCUUCUAUAACAAUCUGUAUAAUCCCUCGUCACAGGAAGCCGACCCCCCGUUGACUUCAUCUGAUGCCUAAUCCAGAUCAAUAACUCCAAUUAUAAUGUGUUGAACCAGCAGGGACAUUUUAGUAGUUUAUGAGAAGUCAGCAAAUCCUGAGUAAAAUACUUUUAGUGUUAUUAUAUUGUUCAUUGUGAAGCAGGCUGUUCUUUUCUUUACUGCUGAAACUGGAAAUACCAUUCUCUGUUUUGUAUAAACAUAUAUACAAUAAACUGGCAUCAUUUUCAAUUUCA